UCACUGCUCGGCAAAGACUGCAGACUGGCUUCCUUGUGCUGCUGCUGCUUGUUCACUUUUUCCGAGUCGUCAUGGGCUCGCUGCAGCAGCGGCCAGGAAGACUGGACGGGCUGGUCCAUGAGUGGCUCACACGGGAAGACGAGUAAAGACCCAGGACUGCCAGCACAACAACCCGAUGAAAGCAGCUCCAUGCUCCUCUAUUGUGACGACUGCCUGGGUUGACUGACACAAUGAAGAGAUCUUGCCUGACUCUCCAGUCAGCGUUGAGAAGCAUCGUCUUCCUCGCUCUACUUUCAUUGCUGCCAGUCGGUGGACAGUUGCUAGGAGCCCCCUUGGACUGCCAAAAGACGUGCGUGUGUGCCAGCAACAUCAUCAGCUGCUCCAAAGUCAAUCUCACCAAUGUGCCCGUCCCGCUUCCAAAGUACACGUCAGUGCUGGACCUCAGCUUCAACUCCAUCAGCAGACUGCGAGCCGAGUGGACGCCCGUCCCGCUGGGUGAACUCCACACCCUACUGCUCAGCCACAACGGGCUCUCCUUCCUCUCCUCGGAGGCGUUCGUGUACGUGACCGGGGUGCGUUACCUGGACCUGUCUUCCAACGAGCUCCGCCAGCUGGACGAGUACAUAUUCGAGCCCCUGGAGAAGCUGGAGGUGCUGCUGCUUUAUAAAAACUGCAUCUCGCAGAUAGAUCGCUCUGCCUUCUCAGGUCUGGCCGGCCUGCAGAAGCUCUACCUGAGCCAGAAUCAGAUCUCGCGCUUCCCCUUGGAGCUGGUGAAGGAGCGGACGCGCAUAGAGACGCUCACGCUGCUGGAUGUCUCCUCCAACAAAAUCAAAACGCUGACAAUCCACGAGCUUCAAGCUCUGCCCGCCUGGAUAAAAAAUGGUCUGUACUUCCACAAUAACCCCCUCCCGUGUAGCUGCGAUCUCUUCAACAUGGUGGCACUCUGGCAACUCAAAGAUCUCAGUUCAGUUGUAGACUUCAAGGAUGAGCACACUUGCAUGCUAGCAGGUACGCCCAAACGGAAAGUGGCCACCCUGGACCUGGACAAAGCCUAUUUUAACUGCAGUGAGGUUAAGAUCAUGGACCGAGAAGCCUAUCUGGAGCAGUUCCUGGUGCUGGACUGUGACACCAAGCAGAGGGAUAUGGUGAAGAGCUGGGUGCUGCCCGGAAACAUGCCAGUGUCUCUUGCAAACAAGACCGCUUCAAUGCUUCUAGAUGGAAACCUAAAGCUUGGACCCCUCAAGGAAGACAAUUCAGGCGUGUACACCUGCUAUGCCACCGGCGACUCCCUCAACGAGACCCUGUACGUCACCGUGGUGGUCUUUAACACCACCAUGAAUGGCAGCUUGGAGAACCUAAAGACGGCGUACACCACCCUCAUCGCGUGCCUUGUGAGCAUCGUGUUGGUUUUCAUCUACCUCUACCUCACUCCUUGUCAAUGCGCCUGCUGUCCGGGUCAGGAUCUGGAGAAAAACGACCCAACGGGCAGCCUGCACUCUUCCACUGUCAGCAUCGCCCAAGCCAACCAGGAAAUGGGAGACGAACGAGGGGAGGGGGAAGGCAGAGAUUUCCCUUACGACACCAAGGACUUGCUGGAGCAGAACGGGAGGCUGAACCCCUUGGGAGAAGAUGAAGAGUGGAAGCGAGGAGACACAACGAGGAGGCUGUCAGUCAGCUCUGUGAGCUCGGACACUCCCAUGGUGGUCUAGUAACCGCUGCAUUCCGGCAUUUGAUGCAGGAUUCCAAAUCAUCCACGCGCAAACAGUGAGUACACCACAAGCGUUUUUAUUGCAGUCGAUCUUUGCAAGGGACAAAACUAUAGAAAUGUAACUAUUCAGUGUACAGUUUGCACAGCAGUAUAGAGUUACUAUGUACUGGAGACUGGUCUGGGACUGCAUGAGUGCUGCCGGCAACGGGGAGCUGCGGUUUAUUGAGGGAGAAAAAUGAAUUCUAGCAUGUACUGUGGCAUUGUGAAGCAGAGCACAAUCAGGUUUCCAACUUGGCAAGGAGCCCAAACGGACCUUUAAGAUGACAUCGCGAAGAUGAAGGUGAUCGAGGAGGGGUCUAAAGCGGAAGGAAGGAAGGUGGAGGAGCACGAGGUGUCACGGAGGAGUGGAAGAAGAUUCCAGUGACAACCUGUGCAAAUCUGGUCAAUUGCAUGUCCAAGAGGACUAAGGCAGCGCUAGAUAACAACAGUGCUUACACUACAGUAUGUACGGCAAUCCCUCAUUUAUCGUGGUUAAUUGGUUCUAGACUCAGCUGUGACAAUACUCUAGUCAGACUAGCGGUAGAAUGAGCCAGAAUGCCAUCAGAAUUAAAACUCUUGGUUUAUUCAAAGUGCAUUUUAAAAAUUCUGACUGCAUUCUGAGUAGCAUUGGGCAUUGAGUUGAGCAGGAACCAGGAACCAGGACUAACGUUACGAUUCUCCUGGGAUCGUUCAAAUGUUUUGAUUUAAAUUCCUAGUUUCGAUAUCGGAAGAAAUGGCCGCGAAAACCAACGAAAAAGAAGCUGGCAAUCACCAGCGAAGAAGUAGUGUGUCAAAAGUUUGGCUUAACUUUAUAUAACGAGAGCGGUCAGCUCAGUGCAACAUAAUGAUAUCACGCAAAGGGUGCACGACUAACAUGAUUAAUGCUGACACAUUCAUGGUCUAGAAAUAAUAGACUACCACUAAGCAGAUCUUCCAUACUUCCACUACGCAAUCAGAAUCAGGGAAGUCAAACAAUAAAUGGGGUCUGUCUCAUGCCAAUGUAACCCAGGGUUUCAGGAUGCUAGCUGAUGUGGAAGUUGGGUUUAAAUAAAGGACGGGAGCUGUGGCUGCAGCUAGGCAGGUUGAUCAUUUGCACAGUAAGAACCUGAAUCGGAAUGAGGAAUCGGAAUUGGGGUGGCAUGGCUCAGGUGGUAGAGUGGUCGUCUCCCAACCUGAAGGUUGCGAGUUUGAUCCUCCCAUGAUCGUGUCGAAGUAUCCUUGGGCAAGAUACUGAACCCCCAGUUGCCCCUGAUGCUAUGUCAUCUGUAGGUAAAUGUGCUAGCAGUGUCAAAGCGCUACACAAGUGAAAGACCAUUUACCAGUUGUUGAAAUCAGCUUUAAUUCCGAGUGCCCUCAAAAUAUUAGGACCCAUGCUUGUGGCCAUCCUGAAUGUUUAUACAAUAACAGCUGUGUGUAGACUCAUUUUCUGUGGGUCAUAAAUCUAUACUGCUAUAAAAGCUGUACACUGACUACUCUAAAGUAAACCCAAGUUUCAUUUGUGUAGUAUUGUCCCCUGGGAAGAUGAAAUAAAGUGUGAGUGGUAUGUACUCAUUGUUGUGAAAUAAUGCAGAACAGGCCCAAAAAUGACUGCUUAACAACGAAUUCAUCAGAUACAACAAGGCUAUAUUCCGGUCAACAUUCACGAGCUCCCUUCCUUAAUGGCCAGGAAGCCGUCUUUGCUCAGGGGACAUGAUUGAGCACGAGGACCUGUAAGGUCAUUAGUGCCCAAACCUGAGCAAAGGGCCCGGCCAGACAUCACAGUAACAUUAGUAGCAUUUGUGCCUGGAACUGGACAAACAUUUAUAGAAGACUUCUUAUCAUUUGUCAGAGUAAACCUGUAGCAAUUUUAAUCCAUUUGUCUUUUUUUGAAAGGAGUUUAAGGGCCUCACUUGGGAAAAGACGAAUGAUGCUAUGAGAAUAAAGUCAAGUGAGAGUAAAAUCUUCUCCUGGUGGAAACAUCAGACUGAAAUUCUAACAUAACAAACAGAGCUGCGUUACUGUGAGGUCCUUCAAGAUUAAACAUAAGCUUGAUAAACGACAAAAAUAAAUUAGAGUGCACAAUAAUUAUUGGACCGAUAACAGAUAAUAAAAAAUUAAAAAAACGCUCCAAUGAGGUGAGAUUACCCAUACUGGGCGGGUGAGAAAAUCAAGAGCUGUGACAUUAACAGCCUGUGGCAUCCCAUGGUGGCAUCACACCAGCUGCUCGGAGUGUGUGCCUGAAUACAGUGCACCUUACUGGGCCACGCCAGGUGGCUCCUACCACUCUGUACUCCGGUUCUCCUGACCUCCUUAGCGGCACACUGGCUGCUUGGAGCAUGUGUCCGAAUAUAGUACACUUGGCUGGGCCACAGCAGGUGGCUCCCUCAUCUCUAUACUCUGGUUUUCCUGAUACUGUAGUAGUGAUGUGGUAGUAGUAAUGUCAUGAUAUUUGAUUAGGACAAAUCAACAGAUAGAGUUGGUCAAAUCCUAAUUUGUUGCAGUCCUUCUUAGCUCCAGGUGUGCACAAACUUCAUUUAAAUCAAAAUUUUAAAAAGUAAUACAAAAAAAGUUAUCGGUACCCUAUCUGUCUUGAGAAGCAGAAAGUUAUCGUAUCGGUUUGGGAAAAAAAAAAGAUAUCAUGCAUCUCCAAAAUAAAUACAUGUCUCAUAACAUUGCAUUUUAUUUCUUCCUACAGUUACCUUUUUAUCUUUUUCAAUGUGGGCCCCUAAUACUCCUUUAUAGCUUUCCACUCCUUGUGGUGCUUAUCUUAAAUGAUAUCUUUGAAUGGUAAUUACGCUCUCACAAUGUAGCCACCUUAUAUUAAAUCCCCACAUAGGGCACCUCUACUGAAUGUAUUUUACUGUUAGCCAAUUCAAUAAUAUGAAUAAUGAAUCAUGUAAAUAACUAUAAGACUUCAGAAAACCUUUGUUUUUUUUAAUAGCAUGACAUCAUGGACAUACAUAGCGCGAGACAGAUAUACUGUGACGUCUCUUUAAUACUGAUUUAAUGCCUGAGAUAUGAAGUGACCUUGUGGCUAAGGCUAGAGGUUCUACGACUGCUCGUAUAAAUAGAAGCAGUGCAGGCUUGGUAAGUGUAGCACAUAGAAUAUUUAAGGGGUCACUCGCAAGGGAUGAGCUCAACACUGUGGUGUUUUAUCUACAAGAGAAAAUACUGUUGUUCUUGAGACCUGUGCAACACUGUAUGAUCCUCUGUCAACUGUCAGAACUAUGCUGUGUGUGGUCUCACAGACUGACAUCUACGCAAAAUGAUCAACUGGAGGAAAUGUUCAGCAGGCGAUAAUAUUUAACACUGAUUAAAGAGAUUUUAAAAUAUGCA